AUGGCUGAGACAACCCCUGCCCCCACGGAGACGCACACUGCCCUCAGCGAGUACGGGGACUACCACAACCUGUCCGAGCUCUUCCACCUCCUGAACUACACCUACACCUUCUGCGAGUUCAGCCUGGAUGAGAACGUGAAGCGGGUGAUCCUCUUCAUCCUUUACCUGGUCAUAUUCGUGGUGGGCUUGGUGGAGAACCUCCUUGUCAUCUGGGUCAACUGGCAGACACGGGGCAACAAGAGCUUGGUCAACCUCUACAUCAUCAACAUGGCCAUCGCCGACCUGGGCGUGCUGCUCUCGCUGCCCAUCUGGAUGCUGGAGGUGAUGCUGGAUUACACCUGGCUCUGGGGCAGCUUCCUCUGCCGCUUCACGCACUACUUCUACUUUGCCAACAUGUACGCCAGCAUCUUCUUCCUCACCUGCCUGAGCGUGGAUCGCUACGUGUCCCUGACCAGCUCCUCCCUCUUCUGGCGCAAGCACCAGCACCGCGCGCGCCGCGUCAUCUGCGCCUGCAGCUGGGUCCUGGCAGCGGCGAUCCCGUUCCUGGAGGUUGCUCACAUGCAGCUGGUCAACACCGGAGAACCGAUCUGCAUCUUCAUGGCCCCCUUUGAGACCUACGAUGAGUGGGCGCUGGCGGUGAGCUUGGCCACCACCACCAUCGGGUUCCUCAUCCCCUUCCCCAUCAUCACCGUUUUCAACGUCCUGACGGCCCGGUUCAUCAAGCGCACUAAGCCGGAGAGCAGGAAGCACUGCCUGCUCAUCUACGCCUACAUCGGUCUUCCCUUCCCCCCGAUGCUCCCCUUGCUCACCCUCGGCGGCAACCACAUCAUCCUCCACUGCACCUUCGCCCACUUCCUCUACUUCUUCUACGACGUCAUAGACUGCUUCACGAUGCUCCACUGCGUGGUCAACCCCAUCCUCUACAACUUCCUCAGCAAGAACUUCCGCAGCAAGCUCAUCUCCGCCGUGGUGAAGUACAUCCCCAAGGAGCAGGGCAGCCCGAAGGGCGCAGACAAGUCCUCCUCCAGCACGCAGCACUCCAUCGUCAUCGCAAAGGACAACGGCCCCCCCAAUUAA